AUGGGUUCUGACCCACUCAUGGUUUUGUUGGUACUAAUCAUACUAGCACGUUUCAUCCUAUGGUCCUGUCUCAGGACUUUUGUUGAUUAUCGACUGGCCCGGAGACGGCCCAGCAAACCCAAGCAGGACUAG